AUGAGUUCGCCAGAUAAAUCCAACAUCUUAAGAAAAUAUAAAAUUGUUUUCUUGGGUGACCAAAGUGUCGGUAAAACUUCGUUAAUUACUCGAUUCAUGUAUGAUACAUUCGAUGAAACUUAUGCUGCUACCAUUGGAAUAGAUUUCUUGUCCAAGACAAUGUACUUAGAAGAAGGAAAGACAAUUCGAUUACAAUUAUGGGAUACUGCUGGUCAAGAAAGAUUCCGAUCAUUAAUUCCUUCAUAUAUUCGUGAUUCCCACGUUGCCGUGAUAUGUUAUGAUAUAACCAACAAAAAGUCAUUUUUAAACUUGGAUAAGUGGAUUAAGGACGUUAAGUUGGAACGAGGUGAUGAUGUGAUUAUAGUACUUGUAGGGAAUAAACUGGAUUUGGCUAAUGAUAAAAGACAAGUUAGUGUGGAAGAUGUUGAGCAAUUACAUAAUAAAAUCGGAUCAAAAUUUUUCAUUGAAACUUCAACAAAGGCAAAUCAUAAUAUAGUAAUGAUGCCAAUGAUAAUGCUAAUGCAAAGCCAGAAACUAUUGAUAUUAGUAUUGAAAAUCAAGCUUCACAAUCAACAAGUACAUGCUGUUAAGUACUGUUUAUACGAACAUAUAGCCAUAGUAAUAAUAUAA